AUGGCGUCUGCAAUGCGCUCACAGCUCUCCCGCCCCGCCCGGGCUCCUGCCCUGCCCUUCACGCCCAUUCCGAGCGUGCCAAGAGCCAGCGGUGUAGCACAUUGCGCCAGGCAGCAAGCAAAUCGAUGCGUGCUGGUGGCUGCCGCCCCGACCGUGACAGCUCGGCCGAUCACCCCCUGCGCUCGGAAGCAGCACAGGCGCGCCGUUUUGCGCCCGCUGGCAUCCAAGUCGGCCGACGCGCCCGCCGCCGCCGAGCUGCCCGACGGCAGCGUCUCCGUCGUGCUGCUCGCCGGCGGCGUCGGCAAGCGCAUGGGUGCGGCGAUCCCGAAGCAGUACCUCGAGCUCGCGGGGCAGCCCAUCGCCACCUACAGCCUGGAGACGUUUGCGGCCAUGCGCGAGGUCGGGGAGAUCGUCAUAGUCUGCGACCCCUCCUGGCGCUACAUAUUUGAGGAGCGCUUCCCGAGCCUCGCGCGCCCUGUGCCCGUGAAGUGGGCGCUGCCCGGCGCAGAGCGCCAGGACAGCGUCAGCAACGGCCUGGCCGAGGUGUCUGACUCAGCGCAGAUCGUCGCGGUGCACGACUCGGCGCGGCCGCUGGUGUCGCCCGCCGACUCGGCGCGCUGCAUGCGCGACGGCGUGGCGGUCGGCGCGGCGGUGCUCGGCGUGCCCGUCAAGCCGACCAUCAAGGAGGUGGACAAGAACAACAACGUCGUCAAGACGCUCGUCCGCGCGGCGCUGUGGGAGGUGCAGACGCCGCAGUGCAUCCGGCCGGCGCUGCUGCGGGAGGGGUUCCAGCUCGUCAAGGAGAAGGGCUUGGAGGUCACCGAUGACGUGUCCAUCAUCGAGGCGAUGGGCCUGCCCGUCAAGGUGACGCCCGGGAGUUACACCAACAUCAAGGUGACCACGCCCGACGACAUGAGCGUCGCCGUGGGGUUCCUGGAUGAGCUGCGGGAGCAGCGGCGGGCGGCGGCGGAGGCGGACAAGCAGCGGCAGGCGGCGGCGGCGGCGCCGGCGGCCGCGACGGCGGCAUAG